CGGCUUCAUGGAGUCUGUCCAGAAGAGUCUGAAGUGCAGGAAGCUAAGAGAACGACUGGUGGCCAUGACAACGAUGAAGAAAGUGGACAUUGUCCCAUUUCUUCAGGUAGUAAGGGAGCUGAUGGAUUGUCCUUGGAGACUCAACCUCACACACAGAGAACUGCACAGGACAGAGUUGUGGGCAUGCUGUAAUGCAUCUGAUAGGCUGAUAGUCACCAGACAGAACACCCAUGUGAACCAGACUCUGACCUACGAGGCAGAACGAUGGAGGAAGAAACUGGUGGACCAAACACUGUGGGAGAUGUUCCCAAAGAGCGUACCCUGGAGUAAAGGCUUGCUGGGUCGGUGUGCAGUGGUGGGAAGUGGAGGAAUCCUGCAGAACAGCAGCUGUGGAGAGGAGAUAGACAGGGCUGACUACAUUAUCAGGUUCAACUUGGCUCCUGUCAACCAGAGUCGUGACGUGGGACUAAAAACAGAUCUCAUUACAGCCAAUCCUUCUCAGAUCAUUAAACAGUACCCUGACCUCCACAAGAACCCUGGGCCUCUGGCGGAACAGAUGUCAGUCUAUGGCAACGCCCGCCUGCUUCUCCCCGCCUUCUCCUUUGCAUUUGGGACCGCCCCCUGCUUCAAGGUGUAUCACGCUCUACAAAAGGCCCUCCCCCAACAGGAAGUGGUGUUCUUCCACCCUGACUACCUUUUUGAGCUUGGACAAUUCUGGCGUCGCCGUGGCCAAAAGGCCUCUCGGAUCUCUACUGGGCUGAUGCUGGCGAGCUCCGCCCUAGAGAUCUGUGAACAGGUUCAUCUAUACGGUUUCUGGCCAUUCUCUGUGGAUCUAUCCCACAAUCCUUUGCAGCAUCAUUACUUUGACAACGUGGGUCCGAAUCACUAUAUGCACGCAAUGCCUGAAGAGUUCCUGCUGUUAUUGCAGCUUCACAGCCAGGGGGCGUUGCAACUGCAUGUUGGACACUGCAGAGCCUAAUUCCUCAGCCAGGGGGCGCUGCAACAGCCUGUUGGGCACUGUACAUUCCAGGUGUCAAUGUCAUUCCAUGGAGGCCCGGGUGUCUGCAGAUUGCCCUCCAGUUGAGGGACACCAACAGUAGACUCCAAAGGCAAAUACAAAGUCUACAAUCAAGACUGGACACAGAGGUUUCUUAUGCUUGCACAAAUGAUGUGAGGGAACUAUACUGGAAACAUCUUUUCAAUCUUUCCAAAUACUUUUGUACUGCCUUUGAAUUAGUUUAUGAAAUGUCUAAAUGCUGAAACCAAUAUGUACACAAAUGCCCUCCAAUAAAAUCUGACUAUCUAUC